GUCACGAUUCGCGGCAUCCGUAGCGUUGCGUGUUGCGUGUGUGUGGUUGCGGGGUUUGGUUAUAAAUCCCGCCAUCUCCGCGUUUGUGUGGUCGCACGAGCUCACGGUGUCCGUCGCGGUCUCCGUCGGCGGUUGUAACUCGCGAAAUAAAAUCGAUCUGUGUAUCCCGGCGCGCGAAUUCACCGAGAAAACCGGGAGGGAAGAUGUGAUAAACGCCGAGGCGCUACGUAUACGCGUCUUCUGAAUGUUUUGUUCCCCCCCCCCGCCCGCUUACGACGCAGGCGUUGAUUAUAAUUUAGCGUUUUGAAGAAGGCGAAGGUGUCCGCGUGAGUAAAAAUCCACCGCCGAAAUCAUGGCAAACGUGUCCCUCGACAAGGACAUGUUUUUCCGGCGCAUGAAGCGCCUGUACGCCGCGUGGAAGGACGGCGAGGUCGGCACCGACGACAGUUUCAGUAAAAUGGAUUGUCUCCUUUCCGCCGUCGGCACUGACGAGGAUAUCGUUUACAGCAAGUCCAUAGCGUUACAGACAUGGCUGCUUAGUUACGAACUUACGGAUACUAUAAUGUUAUUGGCAGAGGAUUCCAUCAACUUCUUGGCCAGUAAGAAGAAAAUUGAAUUUCUGAAAAAGGUGGAAAAUCAGAAUUCCGAGGAUACAGGAGUACCAUCUGUGAAAUUAUUUGUGAGAGAUCGGACUGACGAGGACAAGGCAAAUUUUGGAAAACUCAUCGAAGUGAUGAAGCAAAGUAAAAAAGGCAAAACUUUGGGAGUGUUUUCGAAAGAAAAUUACCCAGGUGCUUUCAUGGAUGCAUGGAGAGCCGCUUUAAAGAACGAAUCUUUUGAUACGGUUGACGUAAGUGCUGCAGCUGCUUAUGUCAUGUGUCCAAAAGAAGACAGUGAGAUAAUUACCAUAAAGAAAGCUUGUCUGAUAUCAGUGGACGUUUUCACCAAGUAUCUUAAAGAUCAGAUAAUGGAGAUCAUAGACUCGGAUAAGAAAGUUAAACACUCAAAACUGGCAGAAGGUGUAGAUACAGCUAUCACAAAUAAGAAGUAUGUAACUGGAGUAGAUAUUACACAGGUAGAUAUGUGUUACCCUGCAAUUAUACAAAGCGGUGGAAAUUAUUCGCUUAAAUUUAGCGCUGUUAGUGACAAAAAUACUACUCUUCACUUUGGUGUUAUUGUUUGUUCAUUGGGAGCACGUUACAAAUCCUACUGUUCUAACAUUGUGAGAACUCUGUUGGUUAACCCCACAAAAGCAAUUGAGGAAAAUUAUAAUUUUUUGUUACAAUUGGAAGAAGAGAUCUUGAAAAAGUUAGUUGCGGGAACAAAAAUAAGUGAGGUAUACGAGGCUGGUAUUAAAUUUGUAAAAGAUGAGAAACCAGAAAUGCUGAAUCAUUUGACCAAAAAUUUUGGAUUUGCUAUGGGCAUUGAAUUUAAGGAAAGUUCUUUGCUGUUGGGCCCGAAAAUUCAUGCGGUAGCUAAGAAGGGCAUGGUAUUUAAUGUUAAUGUCGGUCUUGCAAAUCUUGCUAAUCUAGACGCAACGGAUAAGGAAGGAAAAUCAUACGCCCUUUUCAUAGGCGAUACAGUUAUAGUGAACGAGGGACAACCCGCUACUAAUUUAACGCCAUCAAAGAAGAAGGUGAAAAAUAUAGGCAUAUAUGUGAAAGAUGAGGAAGAUGAAGAAGAAGAGGGAAGCGGAAAAGAAAAUGAGCCAAAGCCAGAGAUCUUGGGACGUGGAAAAAGAUCGGCCGUAAUAGAGUCUAAAUUGAGAACAGAGCAUAGUUCAGAAGAGAAGAGAAAGCAACAUCAGAAAGAGUUAGCACAACAGUUGAAUGAAAUUGCUAAGGCUCGAUUGGCCCAGCAGUCCGGUGGUAAAGAACAGGAGAAGAUACGUAAAUCAACAGUAUCGUACAAAAGUUUGAGUCAUAUGCCACGCGAAACGGAAGUCAAGGAGUUGAAGUUAUAUGUGGAUAAGAAAUAUGAAACUGUGAUCUUACCCAUUGCUGGUAUUCCAGUACCUUUCCACAUAUCAACAAUUAAGAACAUUUCACAGUCAGUAGAAGGAGAUUAUACGUACCUUAGAAUAAACUUCUUUCAUCCUGGCGCAACCAUGGGACGAAACGAAGGUGGAUCUUACCCUCAGCCUGAUGCAACAUUUGUUAAGGAGGUAACAUAUCGAAGCACAAAUACCAAAGAGCCCGGCGAGAUCUCCGCACCGUCGUCAAACCUAAAUACAGCCUUUAGGCUAAUUAAAGAAGUCCAGAAGAAGUUCAAAAAUCGAGAGGCGGAAGAAAGAGAAAAGGAGGAUCUUGUGAAGCAAGAUACCUUAAUAUUAUCACAGAAUAAAGGCAAUCCAAAGUUAAAGGACUUAUAUAUUCGGCCGAAUAUUGUUACAAAAAGAAUGACGGGUGGUUUAGAAGCGCACACGAACGGAUUCCGCUAUACUUCAGUUCGCGGUGAUAAAGUGGACAUACUUUAUAAUAACAUUAAGAACGCUUUCUUCCAGCCAUGCGAUGGUGAAAUGAUUAUACUACUUCAUUUCCAUUUAAAGCAUGCUAUUAUGUUUGGUAAAAAGAAACAUGUAGACGUGCAGUUCUAUACCGAAGUUGGAGAAAUUACUACAGAUUUAGGUAAACAUCAACAUAUGCAUGAUCGCGACGAUCUCGCAGCUGAACAGUCGGAACGAGAACUGAGACAUAAAUUAAAAACCGCUUUUAGAAGCUUUUGUGAAAAGGUUGAAAGCGUGACAAAGCAAGAGAUAGAAUUUGAUACACCGUUUCGAGACUUGGGAUUUCCUGGUGCACCAUACAGGAGUACUGUCUUACUUCAACCAACUAGUGGAUGUUUGGUUAAUCUCACAGAAUGGCCUCCAUUUGUCAUUACCUUGGAAGAUGUUGAAUUGGUUCAUUUUGAAAGAGUACAAUUUCACUUAAAGAACUUUGACAUGAUUUUCGUUUUCAAAGAUUAUCAUAGAAAGGUAGCGAUGGUAAACGCCAUUCCUAUGAACAUGUUGGAUCAUGUCAAGGAAUGGUUAAAUUCGUGUGACAUUCGAUAUUCGGAAGGUGUCCAGUCUUUGAAUUGGACAAAGAUAAUGAAGACUAUAACAGAUGAUCCUGAAGGAUUCUUUGAUAGCGGAGGAUGGACAUUCUUGGAUCCAGAAAGUGACGCUGAAAAUGAAGAAGUUGAAGAUGAAGAAGAGGAAGAAGAUGAUGCAUACGAGCCAUCCGAUUUUGAGAGCGAGGAAGAAUCUGAUGAUGAUUCUGAAUAUUCCGAAGCUUCUGAAGAUGACGAUAGUGAAGAAGAGUUAGACAGUUCUGAAGAAUCGGGUAAAGAUUGGUCGGAUUUGGAAAGAGAAGCGGCCGAAGAGGACAAAGAAGGGGAUAUUCGUUAUCAUGACGAUUAUAGUUCUGGCAAAAAGAAGAAAACGAACCGAAGACAAACUCCAUCUCCUUCAAAAGAUAGACAUAACUCUAAGCACAAGGGUUCCUCGAACUCAAAGAGUAAAAGUUCAUCCAACAGUAAAGAUAAACGAUCACCGGACAAACACAGAACGGAUCGAUCACGGAGUGGGGGCUCGCACAAGAAAGGGUCUCCUUCCAAAUCAUCCAAACACAGUCCCAAAAAGAGUGAUAAACACGAUAAAAAUAAGUCGCAUUCUUCGUCCAGCGGCAAGAAACGUCCUCGUGAACGGAGCUCUGAAAGAAGCGACCGAUCUAAGAGAUCUAAGAAGUAAAUGAAGGAGGUCUGCACAGUGAGAAAAGAGCACACAGGAAAUUACUGCAAAUACCAUGCUGAUUCCAAGUAAAGCUUUCUUAAGAUAUAGCAAUUUGUAAGAAUAGUACAUUUUCUUGCAUUGAGUGAGCAGAGCAGAAACGAAUCAAUUAGUGUUAUAUUUUAAAUAAUUAUUUUUUUUUGCCGUUCGAGUAUUUUACGUUCGUACGCACUUAGUUUCUUGUAGUACGUAAAAACUUCACUUAAAACAAUGGUGUAUUAAUAUCCUCAUAUUUCUGAUAUUUGAGAUUUCAAGUGUACAUAAUAAAAUUUUGUAUGAAGUCAAAAUGCGUAGGGAUGUAUGCGUAUUAUAUUUUAAUUUUGUUUGUUAUAUUUCUUCGACAAAGUUUCGGGUAGAAUAUGACUUUUCGUUUUUUGUAAUUUGUGCACAUUUAAUAUUAAUAUAGUUUCUAAGAUUAAGUAUAUCUCAUUCCAUCUCUUAUUCGAUAAUAUAUAAGAGGACUUGCAUUAUAAAUAUAUGUCUCAUAAGUUUUCCGUGACACAUACAAGGUAUAAAGACAAAUGAAUUAAUGAGAUAAAUUUGGAGUAUUUCUUGUUAUAAAGAAGUAUUGGGGUUUAGAAAAAGACAUGUCAUGGCUUGCCAUGAUGUCUUAGAAUGUAUGAAAGAUACUCAAAUUUGCAUCAGUACUGAUAAGAAAUAUAAUAUAGAACAGCAUUAAUAUAUAAGCAUUUCCGAUGGAGCUUAAUUAUUAUGGAUGGUAAAGAAAAUAUAACAAUAGAAAUGCAAGACAAUGUACUACUAAUAAAUGCGAUUCAUCACGUUAUAUGGGUCCUGAUAGUUUUUCUUCAUGCUUACUAAAAAUUUAAAAUCUGCGUACUUUAAAGUGUUGUCAUUGGAUUUAUAAUUAUAAUACUUAAUAUUAUUUGAGAAAACAAUACGUCUUAUAUGACUUUUUGUAUGCUUUGGUUACUCAGAGAGGUGGAAAUACACUUGCAAUUCCCCUCGUCGAGCCCAUGCAUUAUGUGUGUACGCUGAGAAACAAGAGGAUCAUUGAUUCGAAAGAUGAAGAAAGCCGAAAUGAAUCGGAAAUUGGUCAAAACUCAUUUACAUAGUUCUCAGAUUUGUACUUUAACAUAAUAACACCGUGUUUAAGUUAUUUAACAUUAAUGUAAAUGUCAUUUGUGGUUUUUAUAUUUCAAAAUGUAUGUAAUGUUGAUACAUAAAAGUGAUUGUUUUUAUUAAAACGCCCCACUUACUCGUGAACGAAAUUCAUCAUUAUUAUACGAUAGUGUUAUAUACUUCUAGAAAAACAUAUGAUCUGAGUACAAUGUAUGUGCGAGAAAUUGCAGGAAAAAAAACGAUACAAGAAACACUAAUUAUGGUAACUAUUUUUUAUUAAACUUUUGUAACAGAUAGCAUAAGAUGAUCAAAACUGUAUAUUGUUAUAUAACGACUUUUCUGAUAGAUUUAACCCAUUUACAUACGCACGGCUGUGUAUAUAUAUAUAUAU